ACAAUUCACAUUUGACAACAAUCCCUCAACAUGAGUCUUGUCACAGUACAGAAACCAGUUAAGAUGUCUUUCAGCAUCGAUGAGCUUGCUAAGAGUAGCAGAGGUACCAGUUCAGACCAGACCAAACAUGUCGGCAGCAUAUAUGCUAGAUUUCAGAGCAUUGUCAAAUUUCAUCAAGAGACUACCCCAGUGAAGUUACAAGCCACUGUCCAACCAAUGACAAGUACUCCUAUCUCGCUACCACUCGCUAAUCCCAACGUAGAGCGACAAUUUAAAAGAAAAAGAGAAGAAGAUUCAAUUUACUCAGCCGACAGCAGCCUUGAAUCAUCUGAAACCAAAUCAACAGACAGUCUUUCGUCAAUCUCAGACGACACGACUGAAAUACAAGACAAACCAAGUAAAAAGGCAAGAUGUAUGUUUACGUCAACACAGAUUACAGAAUUAGAACAAUGUUUCUUAACUAACAGAUUUCUACCUAUUGAAGACAGACCAAUACUGGCUAAAAGACUGAAGCUUAGUCAACAACAAGUUAAAACAUGGUUCCAGAAUCGUAGAAUGAAAGAAAAACGCCUACAAAAACUUGGAACAACAGAAUUGCAGAAGUUAGCACAUGAUACACACGUUUCAGUGACGACAGCACAAGUUCCACCUACACUUCCUGGAUACUUCAGCUACCAAAAUCAGUACCCAGGAUCACCAUCAACACAGUUUUAUGAUCCGAUGUCACUUAUGUAUGGGUACGGUACGAUGUCACCCGUUAUGUAUCCAGAAUACAGCCGACCGGUUUACACUGGACUUUCUCCUCCGCUGGUAGAACACCACAGAGUCUGAUACAAC